UGCUGGCUCUCAGUAGUGCAAAUGGAGUGAGGAUGAUCGUGUGUCGGGGGACGGCCGCUCGUGGAAUUGACGCAGCAAAAUGGGCGACCGAGCCAGGGGCCUCACCAUCGACGGCGUGCGGCUCAUCAAGGACCUCAAGGUGGUCGAGCUCAAGGCCGAGCUAGAGCGCCGAGGCCUAUCCAAGUCGGGCAGCAAGAAGGAACUGGUGGAACGUUUACGGAGUAGUGUACAAUUUGAAAACACAAAGUCCAAGGCAACAGCUGCUAUAAGUGAGGAGGAAGUUCCCAAUAGAUGGUUGCAAAAUGAAGCCAACUUAGACAACGACUUUAUCCGCGAAUAUUUUCAGUCCCAGCAGGCCCUCUACAGGCAGCAAAUUGAAGCUAGAAGACAGUAUAGAGAAACCAGUGGAGAAGGGGCAGCACCAUCAACUCCAGCAGCGGCUCUGCCCUCAGUCCAACAGGCGGCCCUUGGGGGCUCUCAGCAACCAGGCAAAGCCACUCCCUCAUCCCACAGCACCUCUCCAGCAUCUUCAUCAACAGCAGCAGCUGGAGGAGGAACAACCAGUGUUGGUCGAGUGCACAUACAUCCUGUGAGCAAAACUACUCCAGAUUUAACUGCGAAAGCAAGCUCAGGUCCUGCUCACAAGCCAUCCCCAAGCCCCUCUGUCAGAACCUCCUUAGCUGCUGGCGUAACCUCACUGUCAUCUGGCGGACAAGCACCAGCGGCUAAAGAGGGUGCUGCAAAGGCUUAUGCAAACACAGUGGUUGGUACUGCACCUCGUAUAACUAGUGGUGAAUCUUCGGUACCUUUGACCACUCGAACACCGCCUAGAGAAAAGCCACAGACUCAACUUACCAUUAAGGUUAAAUUAAAGAAUGAUGCAACAGCAGUAACCACCCCACAAACACCCUCAACAUCAUCAAGUUCCAGUAGACCUAGUAGAAGUUCAGCACGUGCUGCUCGAGAGCUCAGUAGAGUCUCACUCGAAGACUCAGAGGAGGAGGAUGACUCUGAGGGAAGGGAGGAGCGUCAGCCACCUGUGAGGCGUUCCAGGAAGCGCUCAGCGCGGCACUCGCAGACCCCAGAGGAUCCUGACUUUGUCGCAGCGGGCACCAGCCACUUGAGCAGUCCCCCGAGCAGUGAUCUCAAAGACAGAGUGCCGUCUCUUAGGAUUAAGUUACCUGAACCUGUGCCUAAUGUGAAUUUAAGUGUUUCAACAACAGUUGAUGAAAAACCAAAGAAAAGAAUAGAGAGUGUAUCUAUUAAUAGGAAAGAACCUAAUAGUUUAUUGGAUGCAAAGUGCAGACGCCCUGUUCAUAGCAUUAGGAAGCACGUGAAUGACCCUCCACAAGACAUUGAAGGCUCGCUCAACAGAGAGACCUUAGUACCUGAUGUAAGUGUUAGAUCCGCCGGUGAUAAUCUGAAAAAUCCAUGUCUUCAGGAAGGACCGAAACCCCCAGGGAAAAGCGGAGGCAGUGUUGGUGAUUCCAAGAACUUGAAAGAUACAUCGGUCAAACCUGAUUCUCCUGUGCCAUUAGACUGGUUGAAAAGAUCGCUAAGGACUAACCCUAAAAAACACGAACCCAGUGAGGCCGGUUCAAAUUCACAGGGACCAGACUAUGCAAGUUUACAACCAACGGUUUCGCUGAGACGUAUAGAGGCUGUACCCAGCACAGAGAGACAAAUUGCCAAAGAUGAACCAGUAGUGAGUCCUGUUAGCUUGAGUUGGAAAAGCCCAAGUGCUAGUGAAAGUCAAGAACCAGAAAGAAAAGCAGAAAGAGAAAGUUCUACGAGGAGAGAGAAUACGAGAAAUCAGUUGGAAAGCAAAUCUGGAAAUAAACUAAGUGCAGAGGAAAGAUUAGAGGCUUACAGUUCCAUCACUGUAUCAAAAGUUGAUACUCUAAAAAGAAAAGAACCGAGUGAUUUGAAUACCAGUAAAGGAGUAGAGUCGUCAACAUUAAGAACACUCCUUACAGGUGAAAGUAAAGAUAUUGUUAUAGUAGCUAACAAAAACAAAUCUGCAGCUGUUGAAGCACAAGACCAGCCUGACCAGAAGCAUUUGCCCAGUUUGAAAAGUCCUCAACAGAGAUCAAAAAGCACAGAAGACCUAGGUGUUAGUGCAUUAAGUUUGGUAAUAGUGCCCCCAGCAGAGAGUUUGUCCAGCACCAAACAGAGUGUAGGAAGAACCGUUGGGGAAACUCAAGUUAAAACUGUGAUAUAUGAGUCCAGUGAUCCAGAAUGGAAAACUGAUAGUACAAAGCCACAUUCUGAUUGCAAAUUCUCAAAAGAAACUGCCGAAAAGAAGGAACCUGACAAACACACUCAGGUUGCUCAAGACGUCACUCAAGGGCCAAAUGUUAAAAGGGACCCCAGCGUUAUAGAGGAAAAUUCAAAAACAGGGCUUGAAUGCAGCACUUCAGGUGGAACAACAGUUGCAUCUGGACACAAGGCAGCUAGUCUACCAACUGGUCCACUCAAAACAAAGAUCUGGGAAAAGUUGCUGACAACAGCACAGAAGAAAGACGUUUCCAAAGACACCCCAAAAGACUUGACCAAAAAGGAGGAAAAAGAGGAAACUUCUCAAGUUCAGCAGACUGACCAGCAUAUAAAAACAGAAACUGAUGUAAAGAAAGAGUUUGACAAAGAUCAAGAGACAACAGAUGAGACUUGCUCUAGCCAAGGAACUGAAAGCUUAGAUAAGCCAACUGAACAUCACGCUCAAGCCACAGAUGUAAAGGCAGUUGUGAUAACCAACACCCAGAUAACUGAAGCUGUGCACAAACCUGGUGAGUUGCUAGAGAAGAACACCAGAAAACCAAAUCUCAAAAGUGAGAAAGGAGAUGCUGCCCAAGAAACCAGCACAAAGGAAGAACUGAAAGUGUGUUCAUUAUCUGGAGCUCAGCAGGUGCCCCAGAAGGAUACCCUUACUUCAGGAACCAAAAGGGAAGUACUUCCUGAAACCCCAAAAGCCCCUGUAGUAAAUACUCUUGGCAAACCAGCACCUGUUGCAAAAGCAAAAUUGAUUCCAAAUUUAAAAACAUCUGUUACGGUUUCAACUGCAAGUGAAACUCCAGCCUCUACAAGUUGGAGAAAGGAAACAGUUUUUAAGAUAGAGGAGACUGAACCAGUUUCAGAAGAGGAAGUCAAGGCAGGUGCCCCAUCUAAACAGGAGAAAUUAGGGGAAGCCAGUAAGGAACCUAAAAACAAAAGCACAGAUAUCCAGAUCCAUAGAAAAGAAACUCUUGAACCAGUUACUGACAAGCCUCUGAAGGAAGAGCAGACUCUUCCAGAUUCAUCAGAUUCAGAUAAAAGAGAGCAAUCUGAUAAAAGUCAGACAAGCAAGAGCAAAUGGAAUAAAGCCUCCAAGGAAAGUCCAUCUGAACAGGAAUCAGACACAGAGAAGAAGCCAGACUUGGAAUCACAACCAGACCCCACAACAACACCAGUUCCAGAAAAGUUACUGCCUCCAGUUGCAAAAAGAUCACAGGCUGAUAGCAAGAGUGGGUUACAAUCUGAACCUAAAGUUGAACCUCCUAAAAAGAUAACCAGCGUUGAAUCAACAAAGCUUUUGGAAGACAGAGGAAAGUUUGCCCCUUGCCCAGCAGAUACAGAGGAUCAGCAGGUUAACCCAUCUGUAGAGAGCAAGGAACAAAUUGAUCCUGAGCCGUGCAAGGAAUCUGGUGUGUCCCAGGAACUAAGUUUUGUAAAAGUAGGAAAACUUGAAAGGCCACUGCCUACAGAUACCAGCUUAAAAGAAACUAGAGAAGCAGAGGAAAAGGCAGAAAAUCAGCCAUUUGGCCACAACCUAGAUAAAGUAAAUGUCUCAAGCAGUGAGAAGGAGAGAUCGCAGAUAGUGACUAGUACAGAAGGAAGGAUUAAUGAAAUACCUGUUUCAAGCCAACACAGAUUUUUAGCAUUUGAAACUGCUAAGAAAGAAGGAACUGAUUUGAGAGAGCUAGCAAGUAUUGAGAAAGAUCAGACACAUCAAGGUACUACUGUAAGUCCAAGAAGUCUAUCUGUUACAAGCCAAAUAACUGAGUGUAAAGAAGAUCCAACUACAGCCAGUAAAGUAACAUCUUGUGAAGAAGAGUCAGUUACAAAAGUCAAAGUAGAGGCUAGGAAAAAGGAACCAGUCUCAAUUUCAGAUCGCACACAUACUAAGAGUGAACACUUAAACAAAGUUUCAGGUGUGAAAGAUCCUCCUGUUUCCAGUAAAUUAAAGACUUCUGAAAACACUACAGUUUCUUCAAGCAAAGAUACUCUUCUUAAGAGAGAAGAACCAGUCCCAGCAGAUGAAGUUGACCUCCCUAAGAGAGAAGAACCAGCUCCAGCAGAUAAAAGUGAUUCACAGCUCACAAGCAAAGUAAUAAACAGCAAAGAAGAACCAGCAGUAUCAAGCAAACUUUCAGCAAUCAAAGCUGCAAGUAUUGAACAAAAUCCAUCAUCUGUAAUAGAAGUUACAUCUUGUGUGACAGAUUUCACUACUGAAAAGUCAGAAAGUGAGAAGAAAACAGCCCUCACUUCAGAAGAUUCUGUUAAGAAAGACCCGACUGUAACAUCUGAUAGUGAGAAAGAAUCGCCUCUGACAGCUAACGCUUCCAGCGGGGAAAAACAACCAGAAGUCUCGUCAGGAGUCUCUAAAUUCAAGGAAAAAACAUCUCUCACAGCAAAAGUUACCGAGCUAGAAGAAAAACCAGUUAUUACCACUAGUGCUGGAAAAUCUGUUACAACAGAAGUUCAGAGUCAAGAGGAAAAAACAUCCGUCUUAUCAGAAGUUUCUGCUGAAAAGAAAGGGCUUGCUGUCACAGGUGAACUCCAAAUCUGUAAAAAAGAAGCACCAGUUAUAUCAGAAGGUCUUAGUAGUGAGAGAGAACCAUCAGUGACAUCUGAACUCUCCAGUACUCAACCAUCUCUUCCAGGUAAAGUUCUCAGUCAGGAUAAGAAUAUCAUCGUCACAUGUGAAGUUUCAAGUAAUCAGCAAGAAUUACUCCCCACAACUGACAUUUCUAGUGGUGAAAAAGGAAUCACAUCCGAAGUUCUUAAGAGUGAGAAAGAGCCAUCUGUAUCCUCUAAAGUUACACCAGUAUUUCUCACUAGAAAAGAAAAACCAAUACAGACACCUGAAGUUCCCAGUGUUCAGAGAAAACUGUCCGAAACCUUUAAAACUUCAAGUAACAAGGAAGAACCAGCUGACACACUUGAAUUUCCCAGUAAUGAGAAAGAACUGAUUAGAACUAAAGCUCCAAGUAAUGAGAAGGAAUUAGCUGUAACAGGUGAAGCUCCCAUUAGUGAGCAAGAAUUAGCUACAAAAUCUAAAGCAGACUCUGGUGAGAAAGAACCUUCUGUAAAAUUGCAAGACUCCCCAAGUGAGAAAGAACCAGCUGUAAAAUCUGAAGCCUCUACUAGUGAGAGAGAACCAGCUGUACAACUGCAAGACUCCUCAAGUAAGAAAGAACCAGUUGUAGAAUUGAAAGCUGCCUCUAGUGAGAAAGAACCAUCAGUAAAAUCUGAAGUCUCUACUAGUGAGAAAGAACCAGCUGUAAAACUCCAAAAAUCCGCAAGUGAAAAAGAACCAGCUGUAGAAUUAGAAGCGGCCUCUAGUAAGAAAGAACCAUCGCUAAAAUCUGAAGCUUCUACGAGUGAGAAAGAAUCAGCUGUACAAGCACAAGAAUCCCCAAGUGAGAAAGAACCAGCGCUAGGAUCAAAAGCUGCCACAAGUGAGAAAGAACCAUCAGUAAAAUCUGAGGCCUCAGCUAGUGAGGAAGAACCAUCCAUAAAACCAGAAAACUCCCCAAGUGAGAAAGAACCAGCUGUAGGAUCAAAAGCUGCCACUAGUAAGAAGGAACCUGUGACUAAGAAAGAACCAAGUGUCGCAUCAGAAGUUCCCAUUAGUGAGAAAGAACCACAGUCAGCAGUCACAUCUGAGAACGCUCCAAAAGAUAAGAAAGAACCAACUACAACCUGCAAAACAUUCAACACUAAGGAAGAAUCAGUUGAAGAUUGUAAAAAGAAGGAACAAACCGUAACAGACCUACUAAGUGAUCAAGAACCAGCUGUGAAAUUAGAAGUUUCAGAAAACCAGAAAGAACCAGCUUUAGAAUCAAAAGCUUCUGAUAGUGAAAAAGAACCAGUGACAAAGGGAGAAGCUACUGUCACAUCAAAAGUUCCCGGUAGUAAGAAAGAGCCACUUCCUGUGGGGACAACUGAGAACACUCAGAAAGAAUCAGAGGUCACACGUGAAGUUGCAGUCUGUCCACCCCCAGACUCUCAAAUUAGUUUCACAGAGGCCAAAGCAUCUAACAUUGUUCGUGGUGUAAAGGCUGAAAGUGCAAAGGAAUCAGAGGAACCAAAGGAACCACAAAAAGUUCCAGGAGCAGAGACAGACCUUGCAAAAACCAGUGUUGAGGAAGUUAUACCUGAGGAAGUCUGUUCUGAGAGUGGUGCUGAACCAGAAGGAAACAGUCAAACUGCGUCAGAAGGUCUGCCCCUCCCACCUGUCCCUAGCCAUUUGAACCAGUCUUUUAAAGCUCCAGUAAAUGAGACCAAGUCUUUUUUAGAAGCAGAGGUUUCACUUGAUUCCAUACAGUCUGACUUGGAAGAUAGAACUUCAGAUUGCCACAAACCUGUAUCAGGUAAGCAAGGAGUAGCAUCACAAGAGGAAGGUUCAUCUGUUGUGGCUGUAGAUAAUCAUAAGGAAAAGGAAUCAAAAGAAGACCCUGUAGAGUGUCACAAAGAGCUCUCUAUCAAAGUAGGCCUAUCAUCACAAGACCUGAAAACUUUAAAUAACCUCAAAGAUCCUUACACAGAAUCAAAGGUUCCAAAUUGCCAGAGAGUCCUAUCCUCUAGCCAGGGAAAUUUGAUUUGUGGUAUUGAGAAGCUAAAAGUCCAAGAAAAAACACUUGGCAAGUCUACAGCUAGGCAAGAUAAUCAACAGAUUUCAGCAGUAGAUUUACUCGCUUCAAAGUCAGUUGACAAACAGCAAGCUGAAUCUAAAGUUUCAUGGCAAGGAAAUGCUGAGGAGGAUUCUCCCAAAAAUACCAAGGCAUCCAAAGCAUUAGAAUCAAAACUUUCUAAGGAAUCGUGUGUAGAAGAGGGCCUAUCUCAUGUUGAAAAAGUACAAGCUUUAAAGUCUGUUACUGAUAGGAGCCCAGAAAUCGAACUUGGAAGUAGUACUGUCUGUAUUUCAAAACAAAAAGAGUGUCAAGACCUACCUUCACGAUUAGAAGAUAAAUUAGAAAAAAGAGAUACUCCCAUCUUGAAACCAAGUCCAGUUGAUAAAGAUUGUCUCAAUUUCUUUGAGGAUAUUACAAUUCAAGAGAGUUCAUUAUCAUCUAAGAAGAGUGAAUCUCAUCAGGACGACAAACCUGACAAUUCAGUUACAAAAGAGGAAGUAUUAUCUUUGAAGAGUGAAAGUGUUGAUUCCAGUUCCUCAAAAAAGAGUGAAGCCACUUUGACUCAAGAGAAAGACAGUAGUGAGCCAAAAGACAAGAAGUCCCCUGAUUCUGAAAUCCAAAAUCCUGUUGCAGAAGAACAAUCAAAGGCUGUACCUGUUGAGCAACAGAACUCCCAAUUUGACAGUAGAUUAUUAAAAGUCUUUCCUGAAACAUCAAAACCGAAGGAUCAAGAUUUAGGCAGUGGUAUUCACAAAUCUUCCCUCAAAGUUUCCACAACUCUUGGUAAAGUCAGGAAACUUGAGAGUGAUUCAGUAUCAUCACAUCCACCAGAUAUUCGCAAAGAUAAAAGUUAUCCAAUUACAGAAGAUAAACUUCAACAACAAGAACAGUUUGGUAAUCCCUUGGAAUUAAAUACUGAUUUAAGUGUAGAGAAUCUACGUUUAUCUAAAAGUACAGUGUAUGAUCAGAAAGACUAUAACUGUUCUCUCGGUUUUGUUAAGAACCCAACUGAAAGUAUCACAAAGGAGUUAGACACUCCAUUGAAUGCUACAGCAACUGUUGAGGCUAAAUCUUUGAGUGUAUCAGCAGCACCAUCUUAUCAGACUGAUUGUACAAGUGGAAACUCUCCCAGGGUUCCCAUAUCAGAACCCAAUCCCUUUGUCAAGAGGACAGAUACACCAGAGUGUGUCCUUAACUCACGUGCACUAGAUAAGAAAGGGCGCUUGACUUCAAAAGAUUUCUCGUCAACUGGUGUUCUAUAUCUAGCAUCAAACCCAGCCUCUGAAGAUCCAAAGAAACAAAAGGAUCUUGUGGAAAGGGAUGAGGCAACUCCUGCAGAUUUAGUAAGGAGUGGGAUCAGUGAACAAGUUGAGGAAACUGACCCUGAAUCUGAAGAGCAGACAUCGGGAACCGGAAGUGAUUCAGACUCAUCAGCAUCAGACAGUGAGAAGAUGGCUCGCAGAAGAAAGACAGAGGCCACUGCUGAGGCGGAGCUGGAGACAAGCUCCCGCAGCUCAAGGAGAAGCAAGAGGGUGAGUGAGGCAGCAGCAGCAGCAGCUGAAGAGAACAGCACUGACAGCCCUCAGGAGGUAGAAGAAACGCAGCGGGUGUCACAGAGCAGCUCUCGAAGCUUGAGCAAGAAGGACAGCAGUAAUGGUGAUGUGCAAGAGGAGGAGACUACCAGAGUAAGCCGUUCCCGACACAGCUCCAGGAGCAGAAGUGUGGACAAGGACAAGGUGGCUGACAGUGAAGGAGCAAAAACUAGAGGCCGGCAAGUGCGAAGUGAGAGCAUGGAGCAGGAGCAAGAGGAGCAGGAGCAGGCAGUGACCACAACCAGGAGGAGGAGGAAAAGUGGCAGUGUAGAGAAGGAUGCUCCCAAGACCCCGCUGAGGAGGUCGCGCCGCAUGUCACGAGGUGGAAGCACAGAACCAGAGGAAGUGGAAGAACCAGCUGAGGCAAAGUUGGUUGAUGGCGCACCCAAGAAAUUGGAAGACAUCCAAGAGUUGAAUGAAAACUGUAGUGAAACACCCAAAAAAUCAGCUGAGGCCAAGGAGCCUUGUGAGAAUUCUAGGGUAGAGUCACCAGUGAAAGAAGAAAAUGAAAUUUCCACCAAGGAUGGUCUAGGUAAGGCUCCGAACACUGCAAAGCCCAAAAGAGACUCAAAGGAGAAGGAAGAAGGUGCUGAGGCAUCAGAGAAAAAUGAAGCCAAUACUAAAGAGACAGAAGAAGCUCCUGCAGAGGAAUCUCCCAAGAAGUCACAAGAUGACUCCCUCAGCAAAUCACGUGAGAAAUCACCAAGGAAACACAGAGAAGAAUCGUCCAGCAAAGACAAAGAUGAGAGCUCGGAUGAAGGAGCAACAGGGGAAGGCCCAUCACCCCAUGAAAGAAGUUUGAGAGAGUCGGAGGAUCACAAUAGGAAGAGAAGCCUUAGUGGUAGGAGUGGUAAUGAGGAGGAAGAAGUUGAAGAGGACAGCAAAAAUUCCACAAACGACAAGAAGGAAAGCUCAAUGUCUCGGCCCCGACUGCAGAGGAACGAGGUCAAAAUGCUGGAGGUAAAGGCUGAGCAGCCAGAGAAGAGCCGCAAGGACAGGUCACGCUCCAGCAGCAGAUCAUCUAAGAGCCCCUCAAGAUCACCCUCACCAAAGAAGGCUAAGCAGGAACAGCCCAAGCUGAACAGCCGCAGAGACUCGGUUAGUGGAGAUGAGAGGGAUGACAGAAGACGCAGCACUGACAAACGGCGAGACUCCUCAAGCAGGAGCAGACGUGAUUCUGAGACUUCCAAGGAUGCAUCGAGACCGAAGCUCAACAGGAACGAGGUGAAGGUUCCAGAGGCAAAGGCUGGCAAGAUGGAGAGGAAGAGCAGGAAAGAUCGCUCACCCUCAGAAAGCAGGUCAUCCAGCGAUUCUUCCCGGUCCCCUGCCCACAAGAAGCACAAGAAACGUUCCUCUUCAUCCUCGUCCUCAAGUUCUUCUAGCAACUCCUCCCGCUCAAGAUCAGGCUCUGGCCACCGCAAGAGGUUUGGCAGUGCAAGCAAGAAGAAGCCAGAAGUUGAUUCAUCAAGGUCUUCCCCGAGCAAGAGGCAAUUCCUUGCUUCCCCCGACCGUUCCAGAGCAAAGGAUAACGGUGAGGAGUCCAAGGGACGACAUGUACCCGCGGUGCCAGAGAAGAGGAGUCGCCAUUCACGCUCUCGGUCAAGAUCUCCCAAAACCAAGACCCAUAAGCAAGAUGGAAACUCCUAUGAAUCCAAAAAGGACAGCAAAUCAUGGUCUGACAGCAGGAAGGACAGCCAAAACUCUGACAGGAGACAACAAGAGGAGGAGGAGAAGGAGAACAAGGAAACAAAGCCUAUAAUAGAUUAUUCCUCUUUCAAGUCAGUGAGGAAAGUAAGCUUAUCUCGAGGCAAGUCAAAGGAUGAAGAAGCUGAAAAAGACACGGACAAGCCAAAGAAGAGGAAGUGGGGUAAUUCAUCCUCAAGGAAAAUGUCAGUUGAUAUUUCCUCAGCUUCCCUUAAGACCAUUAUCCCAGAUGUGAAGCCCCUCCUGCCCUCGGAACUGCACAUGGGUGAAGACUCGGAACCCGAGUCUGGAGAGGCCAGUGAUGCUGAGGGACCUGAACCACCCCCCACCCUGGCUCAGGAGGUCAAGGAAGAGCUAAUGGAAGAGGGCGAGGAGGCCAGACCCAGGCGUGAGGUGCGGGAGGUUUCCCCAGUGGCAGUCAAACAGAGAAAGCGAUCCAAGUCGCCUGAGGAGAAAGCCAUGAGGAAGAUCAGGAUGUACGAAGGGCCACCGGUAAGCAAGCCGGCCGUCCCCCCUGCACGAAACCCACCUUCCAGAGUAGUGUUCAUUCAGCACCUAGUCCGGCCCUUCACCAUCAACCAGCUGCGCGAGUUGCUGCAGAGAACUGGUCGAUUAGUAGAUAAUGGUUUCUGGAUUGACAACAUCAAGUCCAAGUGCUUGGCAAUGUAUGAAAAUGAGGAUCAGGCUCAAGAAACCCGUGUUGCUCUGCAUGGUGUUAAAUGGCCAAUGUCAAACCCAAAGAAUUUGUUUGUCGAUUUUUCCACUGAGGAGGAGAUGAAAAAGAGACUAGAGGAAAAUGCUCCUCCUCCCCAGAAAGCCGUAGAAGAAAAACGAGAUGAUAAGUGGAAACGUGAAGGGCCAGUGCGUGAGUGGGACUUGGCGAAGAUAGGAGAGCGCUCGCCAGGGGAGAGGGAGCGGGAACGCGAGAGGCUGAGAAGAGAGAGGGAGGAGGAGAGAAUGAGAGAACGCCGCAAGAGCCAGAGUCCAAGUGGGGCUGAAGGUGAAAAACAGAAAAAGAAACCAGAGGAACCUCCUGCCAAGCUGCUGGAUGAUUUGUUCCGCAAAACCAAGGCACAGCCGGCUAUAUACUGGCUGCCGCUGACCACCGAACAGAUUGCCGAGAAGGAGGCGCAGCGACGCCAGAAGAUGGCUGAGGUGGAGCGCCUUCAGGCAGAGAUGAAAGCAGCCAAGGAGAAGGAAAAUGAAGAAUGGGAGAAAAUCCGAGCCGAGAGAAAGAAGGAGCGUGAAAAGGAACGUGAGAAGGAGAGGGAGAGGGAGAAGGAGCGUGAGAAGGAGAGAGAACGGGAGAGAGAGAAGGAGAAGGAGAAGAACGCUCGCAGGUCCCGCUCAAGGUCGAGGUCCCGGAGGAGGAGCCGUUCCUCAAGGAGGUCACCACGAAGGUCCCCGAGGAGGUCGCCCCGCAGGUCCCCCAGAAGGUCACCCAGACGCUCUCCCAAAAGGUCACCGAGAAGGUCGGCAGGGAAGUCUCCUCGAAGAUCACCGCAACGUUCCCGGCGUUCCGCCAGCAGGGAGUCGCGACGAUCUCGCCGGAGGAGCCGCAGCCGUUCAAGAUCCCGCACUUGAUUCCAUGAAGGCAUUUUGAUGAGGGGAGCUCACAACCAUGUGAAGGAAACAUGAAAGAGAAAGAGAGAGCUUGCAAAAUCACGUAAAUGAAUCCAAAUGCAACAAGAGGAGGAGGAGGACAAGUUACCACUACAACUGAUUGCUGGGCCCUACCGGUCCACAACUUCCUAGAAGCAGUACUGUACUAAAACAAAAGAGGCUUCAGCACACCAGCUCCGACGCACCAGUCCUCUACCACCUACAAGGUUAUUGUUACACAUGUGUGCUACCUCCCCCUCCUCACCUCAUGCCUCUCAUGUCCUUCUUGCAUCCUUCAAACUUUCAUCACUCCCCUCCCCCCACCACCACCUCAUCCCCCUUUUCUGCAGGUUUUCACCACGCAGUGCUCUUCUGGUGUUAGGAUUAGGUUUAUUUAUGCUGUCCAAGGUUUGAUUGAGAGAUUCUGAAGUGAGUCAAGAAUAAGUAGAAGAAUGUCUAGAAGAUAUUCUGAUUUUUUUUAAGAGCCGACUUCUCUAAUUUUCUUUGUCUGUGUUUGCAAUGCAUUCACAUCAUUGCUUUGUACCAAAUGGUAAGUAUUUAAUUUCGUUCAUUUUGCCUUGAAUAGUCAUUAGAUUAGCUUAAGAGUAGGUGAAGCUUAUUUUUAUUUUAUUUACAUAUCAGAAGAGCAUUGGGUGGUAAGGGAAGUGUUGAAAGCGUUAUGGGUGACGAGAGAGCUCCUGCGCUGUGAGAUUCACCGAUGACUCGUCAGGGUACCAGCGGGAACUACGAUGAUCACCAGUACUGACCAGCGUUUGUCCUAUAGCUUCCUCAUGGAAUGCCGUUCGCAAAGCUGCACAGCUUUUCUAAAUGCCUCAAGAGGCCCAAAACGUAAGGGAAAGACAGUUGUUUCCAUCCCUCGACGACCAAAUUAAUAAUGGACCGUACCUGCGGGUACUUGAAAACAUGAAUUGACAAAUUGAAGUGUUUUAUCCCUCUUGCGGAUCACGAUGAAGAGACAACACAGCAGUGAUGAAAUCAAGGCUUGUGAAUGGCUUGAAGUGAAAAGGUGAUAGCAAAUUGUUGAAGUGUGUCCGAGUUAUUUAAAGAUGCAGACAAAAAGUGAUAUAGAAAAUCUGGGUUUACCGACUUGUAUCAAUUAAUUAUUGCACUUGAUCAUGGGAGAACAUAUCCAAGCACCAAGUGCCUGGAACAAACAGUGAUGCAGUGCCGUGCAUUAGUGACUGACUGAAGGGUAAACAACCCUCUCCCCUCUGAUUGUAUGGAGUACAAAAAUUUUAGUGAUGUGUAAACCCAGGUGGAUAAGGAGAUGGACAUCUGUGGAGAAGCAUGAUGCUCUCCAGGUGUGUGAACCACAUAUAAAGUUAACACGUGCUGAUUUAUGUAGGUCUACGGAUAUAUACAUUACACAGAUAAAACUUUUCAGUUUAGAGUAUUUUGAUGUUACAUUUUCAAGUGAAUUUAUGCACUUUAGGUUUUUAUUGUUUGAGAGAGAUCUAAAGAUUUCUUCAGUUGUGAUGAAUUGUGGAUGAUUGUUUAUAAUGGAAUAAAGUAACACCCUUA